UAUUAAAGGCACGUUGCAGAUGACGAAGUCGGUCAGUCUCCAGUCGAAUGUUUGUGGUGAUACUCGUCGUGAAAACGAUGAUGAACCAUUCUUAUCAACGUUUUCUUAUCUUUUAGUGAAAAUAUUUUCCUGCAGAAGUAAAGUGGGAGGAAUCUGCACAAAUUUUUAUCCAUUCAUAUAAUCUCGAAAUGUUGAUGUUGUUGUAAAGUUACACGGCUCGUGGUUGAAAAUGUUCGUGAUCGCACGGGGUACCACCGAAGUUUAAGGUUGAUAGUGAAAGUUGUGGUUUUUCAGUGACGACCAAAAAAGAACAAAAAAAAAAGACAGUAAACUCCCAGACUUCCAUACUAAAUCAGGUUGAGAUUGUUUCAAAAGGGAUGCCAAGGCGAUUACAAUCGGACGCUUGGCCGCUGAUAUUACCAUCAAUAAAAACAACAUCACAACUGUAAGUGAUGAAGUGGAAAGAAAGAGUGGCCCUUUCCCUGGGCGUGAGUGUCGUCCUUCUCACAUCUGUGCUCGUUCUUGAUAUUCGCUAUGCUUCCAGUGGAGGACGAGCAGAUCAAACCGAUGCGGGAUUUAUCCUUCCAGCGCUAAGACAUGGAACAGCCAGGCAAAAAGAGGGCAGACAAUUUCAACGACAAUUUCUCGAUAAACAACCGGCAGUGAAAGAACCAAUUCCUGAAAAUCCGGUUUUUCCCUCAAGAACUGCUACUGUUAAUAAUGAAGAAUUAGAACUAGGAGUCGUAGCCAGCAACGCAACGCUCAAUGAUGACGAUCCCGCCGCCCAACACAGCAACAAUGAACAAGGUUCCAAGGUGGAUGUGGUCAGGGACCUUUUGAAAGGCAAAAGGUCGCAGUUAAAUAAUGACGAAACUUACAAGAAUUCAGAGGACGAUGACAAUAUGGAUCAUCUUAAAAGUCAAUUCAAAGACCUAUUCAAAUACAUGAGCCCGGCAGAACUUAGUCGGCCCGUUAAAGGUAACCUGCGGGAGUUGGACGUGACCGUCCAGAGGCUACGCAACGUCAGUCUCAGUGAUGACGCUACUUCGUGGGAAAAGUUCCACGUUUCCAUUUCGAAAGAAGAAUUAUACCAUGAAGAUGACCCAAUGAUUGACGAACUGCUACAAGACAUGGCGACUCUCGAAUUUUACAACAUCAGUCAAAAAGAAGGUGGUACGCAGCUAAAACUAGUCAUCGAGUUUCCCCCGGGGGGACUGGCGAUGUUGAAACCCAUGAGAUUCCCGCGCGAGCAGGAAACACUACCUAAUCACUUUUACUUCACUGACUACGAGCGACAUAAUGCUGAGAUUGCUGCCUUCCACCUGGAUCGUAUUCUGGGCUUCCGGCGAGCUCCGCCCGUUAUCGGCCGAAUGGUCAAUAUGACCACCGAACUCUAUGCCCUUGCCACUGGGGAACUGCUACGCACUUUCUUUAUUUCUCCUGCACAAAACCUUUGUUUCCAUGGCAAAUGCAGCUAUUACUGUGAUACUGGCCACGCCAUAUGCGGUAAUCCCGACCAGAUGGAAGCAUCUUUGGCCGCCUUCUUGCCUGAUAAAGAGUUUGUGCCAAGGAAAACCUGGCGCCAUCCGUGGCGGCGAUCCUACCACAAACGAAAAAAAGCCCAAUGGGAGGAAGAUGAUCAAUACUGUGAACAGGUCCGGCAACUUCCACCAUAUAACGAAGGUCGUCGGUUGCUCGACUUAAUCGAUUUGGCCAUCUUCGAUUUCCUGUCGGGCAAUAUGGAUCGCCAUCAUUAUGAAACACUCAGUUUAUUUGGCAAUCAGACGUUUCCAAUCCAUUUGGAUCAAGGGCGGGCUUUCGGUCGACCGAAACACGAUGAAAUGUCCAUUUUGGCGCCACUAUACCAAUGUUGCCUUGUGCGGCGAACUACUCUCGCCACUCUUCUUCGUUUCCAUCACGGGCCGUUUCGACUCAGUUAUCUCAUGCGGAAGUCGUUAGCUCGCGAUCCGCUCGAUCCGAUUCUAGCUGCGGGACAUUUUGAUGCUAUGGACCGCCGCGUCGCCAUUACACUACGUGUCAUUCGCCAUUGUUUGAGCAGGAUUAAAGCUGAUCAAGUUCUUGUCGGCCUGGCCGAUUGGAAAGAGAAAAUCAGCCAAACUGGCAGUUAGUAAAUAAGUAUACUGAUUUUUCGUUUUUAAAUCGCUCGUCUUCUCCAAAACUUUGACAAGAUGUUCAUACUAUAAAAACCUGUUUAUUGACUAGAUGACGGAAAUUCGAUUUGAUAUUAUACUAAUAUGAUUCAGAUUAUUUUGUGGGUUUAUUCGAUGUCAAGCGUUAAUAUUGUGAAAAAAAAGAAUACAGCUCACGUAUUUUCUA